AUGGCUGAACCAAAGGAAGCUACGCCCCAAGUCGAGGCACCAAAGGCAGAAGUCAACAAGACUGCCGAUGCGGUCGAUCCCAAAAAACUCUCCAACAAAGAACUCAAAGAACUUAAGAAGAAGGAGAAGGCAGCCAAAAGAGCCGCCCAAAAGGAAGCCAUUGGAAUAAGCCCUGAACAACAGGCCCAAAUUGCCCAACAAAAGAUCGAGAAGAAGAAGCAGGCUGCUACCAACACAAACCUCAAGAAGCAGCUCAACCAGACACUAAUCAAGGACAAUGGCACCAAGAACAGGGUGCCCAGUUUGUUCAGCCACUUGGAAACCAGAGAACAAAGAAACGCCUCUUCUCCAUCUAUAUCACACCUUGUGCACCCAUCGAUCCUCUCGUUGACCUUGAAGUACUCGUCGUUCAAGAUCGUGGGGUCCAUACCAAGAUUGAGAAGCAUGAUGGAGGUGUUCAAGAGGGUGAUCCAGGACUACCAAACACCCGCCAACACCACAUUAACAAGACAUUUGACAGGACACUUGUCCAUCCAGAUCGAGUACUUGAAGACGGCGCGUCCUUUGUCCAUCUCCAUGGGAAAUGCCAUCAGGUGGUUAAAGCAAGAAAUCAGUCACAUCUCCAUCGACACCACCGACCAGCAGGCCAAAGACAGCUUGUGCCAGUCUAUUGACGACUUCAUCAGAGACAAGAUCGAUUUGAGUGACAAAUUGAUCAUUACCUAUGCUGCCAACCACAUCACCAACGGAUCCAACGUCCUUACCUUUGGCCACUCGCAAGUGUUGGAAGACUUGUUCAAGUACUGCGUUCUCGAGCAGGACAAGAAGUUCAACUUGAUCGUAGUGGACUCCAGACCUCUUUUCGAAGGUAAGAAGUUGUUGAACAACUUGGUGAAGACCACCAAAAACGGGGUUUCCAUCACCCAAGACAUCAAGAUCACCUAUGUAUUGAUCAACUCGUUGUCGUCCACCAUAUUGAAGGAUGUCGACUGUGCAUUCUUGGGUGUACAUGCCAUGUUGUCCAACGGCAGAUUGUACUCCAGGGUUGGUACCGGAUUGAUUGCCAUGAUGUGCCACACCAGAAACAUUCCUGUGUUGACCUGUUGUGAGUCCAUCAAGUUUUCUGACAAGGUGCAAUUGGACUCGGUGACCAACAACGAAUUGGCUGACUGCGAUGACUUGAUCGAGGAUAUCAAUUCCAAGAAGCCACCACAAAAGAAGUCGUUUGCGUUGGAACAGUUCAUUCAACAAUGCGAGGCCGAGUCCAAGGACACCAAGACCAAGCAGCCUACCAAGAAGGGACAAGCAAACGAAGUCAAGGAAGUUCAAGACACCAACAAGUCGCCAUUGCAGGACUGGAGAAACAUGCCUAGUUUGAACAUUUUGAACGUGAUGUACGACUUGACUCCACCAGAGUACAUUAAGAAGGUUGUUACUGAGUUGGGUGCAUUACCUCCAUCCUCUGUUCCUGUGAUUUUGAGAGAGUACAAGAACACAUGA